UCACCCAACCAAGUGAAAACCUGAUGGCCAAUUCAACUAUGGAGAGGACCUACGAAUCUCACCACCCGCUCGAACUAAAAAUUCUCUUCUACGCUGCUUUCAUCAUUUCUCUCCCUCUAACUGUAUUCGGAAAUGGUCUCGUCAUAUUAGCAGUUGUUAUUAAUAAGAAACUCCGUUCCGCCACCAAUGCUCUGAUAGUGAGCCUGGCCUUUGCUGAUUUGCCUGUUGGUCUGGUGAUCUUCCCUCUUAUCUCCUUGACACAGAUAUACGGGCCAAAUCUACACUAUGGCAAGCAGUUGUGCAACACAACGAUCUUCUUUACUGAGGUGUUCCUGAGCGCCUCGUGUCUUCAUUUGUUAUUCAUUAGCUUGGAUAGAUAUCUAGCAAUCAAUAACGCUCUUCGUUACCACGCUAUCGUCACCGCAAGACGUAUCGCUUACGUCAUAGCCUUCAUUUGGACUUUGUCCGUGCUCGUGGCUGUGUUUCCUUUCCUUGGUUGGCGGGACGUCCGGCCUCGUUCCCAGGGAGGCUUUUGUCAGUAUCACCUGAACCUCGCUCCCAGUUUUAUUCUUUUUCUGCACAUAACCGUGUGCCUGACACCACUGACCAUCACAUGUCUGGCGUACUGUAAGAUAUUCCAAGUAGCUCGACAGCAGGCUCAGAAAAUCGCCGUUAUGACGGUUAGUGGAAGUGAACAAGAAAAACGCCGUAAGAAGCUGGAAAAAGAGCGUAAAAUUACUCUAUCGGUUGCGGUUGUUGUUGGAGUGUUCAUCCUCUGUUGGGGGCCGCUUAACGUCAUGCUCAUCGUUUACUGUGUAUGUCAUAGCUGUGUCUCUUCUCUUGCUAUCGAGGCAGCGGAAGUGUUCUCCAUGUUAAACUCUGGCUGUAAUCCACUCAUCUAUGGAACUUUUAACAAGGACUUCCGCAGGACCUUUAAGGCUAUGUUACAAUGCCGCUGGCGUCAAAUCAACCGUGAAGAGAUCGAGGGCUCAACCCAAGUGGCUAUGCGCGCGUCGAAGGACUCAGUGGAAAGUGCGAAGUGAAAAUUAUCAGAUACAACAAACAGAAGUCGGUUCACUACGAUUUUCAUUUCGAUUACCGGAGAUGAUUUUUAAAUCUCAAGUUGAAACGCACAAACGAAAAAAAAAAAAAAAGAUUUAAUGAAAUCCGUUAAGAAGGAAUUCCAAGGAUCAGUGAUGCGGUUAUGAGCUGCUUUUGAAAUUUAAAAGGGA